UGCAGACCUAAACCUCGAUAACGAAACUAGGUUCUAUUUUUUAGACUGAAUCGUUCGGGCAAAAUGGGACACCGGGUAAACAAGAUUGUGGAUGUGUAUCGGCAGCUCAGCAGAUUUCCUGAGCCUGUGUCUGCCUGGAUCUCUAAUCUUUCCAAUAAAACCAAAAUAAUACUCAACACCCAGUGGUCACAGUCUGACCUUGAAAGGAAAGAGAAAGUUAAAUUCUCUCGAGAUUAUCUUUUGAGUGGACAACCUGGCAACAUCAAUUUGGACUUCAGAUCCCCAAAUAGAGAAAUAUCAAACGAACUGUGGAAUGAAGAGUCUCCAUCAGGUUCUCAGAGAGCAGUAGUUAAAAAGGUCACAAAGAAAGAUGAGGAUAAGUACUUCAUAGAGAUUUGGGAAGGAACACAUAAGAGCCAAUGUAUUGAUGUUCUUGCACAGUCUAAGCAUGGAAAGAUCUAUGAAAAUGAUGACCAGUUUGGAAGUUUUGUGUGGUCGUACUCUGAGAAAAGCCUGCUUUACAUUGCCGAGAAGAAGCUGCCUAAAUCUGUAUCUUACUUUGAGCGUGAGAAAAAAGACCAAAACAAAGAGGAAGAAAUUUCACAGGGCUCAGAACAUUUUUACAAGGAGGACUGGGGAGAACAGCUGACAAGUAAACACCUCAGUGUAAUCUGUGUCCUGGACCUCGAGUCUGGAGAUAUCCAAGUUCUGUCGGAUGUUCCUGAUCACCUCUUCCUUGGACAGGCUUGCUGGGCACCCUCAGACUCGGGUGUGCUGUUUGUUGGCUGGGACAUCAACCCAUACAGGGCUGGCCUUAUUUAUUGUCCAAUAAGAAAAUCUAGCGUUUACUAUCUGGAUUUCAAGUCAUCUGUAUUAAAAACGGUCAGUGAGGAUGGUCGUAGCUGUAGAAGUAUAAGGGUCAGUCCUGACCAAUCCAAACUGGUCUACCUGGAUAACGACAUUGGUGGACCUCACAUGCAGGGCAGUCGUUUAAUGAUGUAUGACUGGGGUACUGGAGACCUGAAUGUGGUGUCUGAUACAGUGGCUGCACCAGCAGCUGAUGAAUUUCCUGGAUUAUGCCUACUGGGAUUGCCAAAGCGUUGCUGGAGUGAAGACAGCAGUAGACUAGUGACCAGCUCUGUGUGGAGGAGUAGUGUGGUCGGUCUGGUAUUUAAUGUAAAAGAGAAAAGGAUGGCAAGAAUCACCCCAGGAAACAAGUCUUAUGGAGUGAUGGAUGUAAAUCAAGAUAAGAUUGUGUUCUGUUGCUCCGCUCCAAAUCAGCCUCAUUAUAUGGCUGUGGCUGAUCUGCCUUCCUGGGGAUCUGAGGCAGAAUUAACACCGAUAGACGGACAACCUACACCAUUGACCGAUUCUAAAUACGAGGUGCUGACGUUUAUUCCUACAGAUGACCGCAUACAUCAGAAGUUUGGUAAAAUGGACUAUGAAGCUAUCCUGAUGAUGCCUAAAGCUGAAAAAGAAAAACCGCCUUUGAUUGUUUUUCCUCAUGGUGGACCUCACACCCUCUUCCCUACCUCUUACUUUCGUUAUGCUGCUGGAUUUUCUGCUUGUGGCUUUGCUGUUCUAAUGGUCAAUUACAGAGGAUCUUUUGGAUUUGGGGAGAACAACUUGCGAUCCCUUCCAGGUCUGAUAGGAGACCAAGAUGUAAAAGAUGUACAUGCAGCUGCGGAGAUUGUGGUCCAGAGUGGUCGAGUGGAUGGCAGCAAAGUGGCUGUUUUUGGUGGAUCUCAUGGUGGCUUUCUCACAACUCAUCUGAUUGGUCAAUAUCCGGAUUUUUAUAAAGUUGGUUCCUGUAGAAAUCCUGUAACAAAUUUAACAAACAUGAUUGGUGUGACUGAUAUUCCUGACUGGGUGAUGGUGGAAUGUGGUCUGCCAUUUGAUCACACAAUCAUACCUGAUGGAGAACAGCUAUCUCAGAUGUUUGUCAGGUCACCAAUUGCUCAUGUUGAUCAGGUGAAGGCACCGUUACAAAUUAUGCUAGGUCUAGAUGACCGAAGAGUUCCGCCAAAACAAGGGGAACAAUUCUACAGAGCCCUGAGAUCUAGGAAUGUUCCUGCCAGGCUGGUGACAUACGAGGGGAACAGUCAUCCAAUCAUCACAGCUGAAGCUGACGCUGAUGCAUUUGUUAAUAUUGUUUCCUGGUUUGACACUCACCUUGGCCUACAGUUUACAUAGCGUUGAGGUUUAGCUUAAUAUCGAUCCUCACGAGCCAGCUCUGUUAAGGAAAACAUUCAGGAUAUAAUGGGAAUAUUCUUGAUGUUUAUACAUAUGUAGCUACGUAUACAUAAUUGUAUGAAAUUUUUGGUAAUGAGUGUACCGUAUAUCCAAGAUUUUUUUUUUAAUUUAUAUGAAAUUCUUGGUCAAAGAAUCAUAUUACAAGAUAUAGUGACUAAUUACUCCUAGCAAAAAGGCUUUUCUUAUACAGAAAUAGUUUUGAUAACCAUUUUUUUUAUGAAUUGUGAUUCUAUUGUUAAACCUGUUGUCUUUUAUCUGUAUUGUGUGUAUGAAAUAAGCAACUGAUAUUGCCUUUAAUUGGCAUCAUCUAGCAAAAAAGGUAUAGAAAUCAUCAGUUUGAUUAGAAGAUAGUGAACUGAAAUCAUUUUACUUUACGCGAUAAUGAAAUUUAGCCUCCGCUUAUUAUUUAACAGAUUCAUAAAAUCAUAAGUUUGUACAAUGAAACACAUAGAAGGUAAUGAUGAGAUGGUCAUUUUGAGGUUGGCGGGUUGUUAUAUAUAAAUUGCUCAAAGAAUCCAUGGAAUGUUAUAACAAUUCGUAAUAAUCAUUUUCUAAUUAUUCAUGCUACUUAACAAUGCUAAGGAGUGCAAUAGAGUCGCUGUAUUUUUGUACAAAAAUCAUUGUUUAAGUCAGUAAUUUUUUCUAUCCUUUUUAAACAGCACGACUACAUUGUAUGUAAAAGUGUAUGCUACCUAGGUAACUUACCUGUGGCGAAAGUAAAUGUACAAAUGUUGUUUUUCAACUGAUUUGUGUGUUUGAGUAUACUACAUUUAUAUGUACAUUUGUAUUUUUGUAAACAGAGAUACAGUUAAUUUAUUGUGAAUAUAUAAUAGAUAACGGUCUAUUGUUUUGUGACGGGCCAGUGAUUUGACGAGUUAAUAAAUCAGAUGCAGCAAA